CAUCUUGCGAUGGAUGUACCUCUGACUACCCCAAUUGGGACAUAGUCGUGAGCUUAUGUUAUGUUAUGUGUGUACAGAUGAGCAGUACUAUCGCAUGCCGCAGCUGUUCUCGUUGGAGGACCGCGAGGCGUGCGUGCGCCUGCGCGGCGACUACUGCCUCGGGACAUUCACACUGCGCCCGCGCACUGAGCGCGGUCGCGAGCUCUUCGAUAUCAUGCUGAAAUACUCGCAAGACGACCGCAACUUCAACCACACGGUCCUGCACCGGGGGUACUGCGUAACAACCCGCUGCCCCGACCUCGCCUCGAGAACCUCCAGUGCCUCGAGGCCAGCGAGGCGCUUUCUGCGCUGCGUGGACCGCGAAGCCGAGGCCUACGGGCUCCGGGCCUCGCCUCUACGCCUCGACUCCUGCGAGACCGCGGCCGGGGACCCGCCGCCUGAUGUUGUUGAUUGGAGCUUCGCGGUUGUGGUCGCAGUCAUAGUGGUGUUGAAUGUUGCUGGAACUGUUUACGACUUUACGAGGAGUCCUGAUGAGAAACCGAACCAGUACCUGCUGCCGUGGUCAGUACGUGUCAACUGGCGGCGGCUGACAGCCACUUACGACGACGGCGACCCGCGCCUCACCGCUCUCAAGUCCGUGCAGGGUGUUAAGGCAUUCACUCUAGCGCUGGUGAUGCUGGGACACUCCAUGAUAGUGCACAACAUGUCCUACAUAGAAAACACUAGGUUCUUCGAGCAGGGCAACGCGCACUGGCUGGCGACGUUCUUGCACAACGGGUCGGUGGUGGUGCAAGGCUUCGUGCUGGUCUCCGCCUUCCUGCUGGCGUACAACCUGCUGCUGUUGCGCGACGCCGGCGUACAGCUGCGCCUGCGCAUGCUGCCCGCCGCGCUGCUGCACCGGCUCAUCAGGAUCGUCCCGCUGCACAUGUUCAUGGUGGGCCUGUCAGCCACGUGGUGGUCGCGGGGCGGCGCGGGCGCACAGUGGGCGCUGCUGCACGCGCAGCGGGCCGCGUGCCGCAGCGUCUGGUGGGCGCACGCGCUCUCGCUCAACAACAUACUCACUGUCGACGACCGCUGUCUGCUGCAGGCCUGGUUCCUAGCAGCGGACAUGCAAGUGUUCGUGGUGACAGCCGCGGUGACCCUGUGGCUGGCGGGGCGGCAGCGGGGGGGCGGCGGGCGGGGCGCGCUGCGGCUGCUGGCGGCGCUGGUGGCGGGCGCGGUGGCGGGGAACUGGCUGCUCGCGUACUGGCUCCAGGUCAAGCCCAUCAUGCUCGAGAUGAAACCUGAUGUGAUCCGCGAGCAGUACGUGGGCUCGGCAUCAUUCAAGUGGAUGUACGCGGCGCCCUGGGGCAGCUUGCCGGCGGGCCUGCUGGGCGUGUGGCUGGCCUUCCUGCAUCACCGGCUGCAGCGCCUGCGCAUCCGACCGGAGCGCAGCAAGAUAUUCCGGCUAGCGUACACAUGGUUCCUGCCAGCACUAUUCCUGUGGGUGCUGGGCGGGCACCUGGUGCGACAUGCGCCUGCGCCGGUAGUAGCACUGUACGCGGCCGCGGACCGCGUCGGUUAUGUCGCCAUCGGCGCUACAGGGCUCAUAGGGUUCUUCAAUGGCGUUGAUAGUUUCUGGAAAAGGUUCUUCGAGUGGCGCGGCUGGCUACCGCUGGGGCGCAUGUCUCUGGCUGUAAUGCUGGUACAUUGGAACUGGCACCUCACGCACAUCGCGCUCAAGACCACGCUCUCCACAGUCUCGGUAUUUGAAGUGGGAGGUCACUGGCAUUCUGUGCAGAUCAUGUCAUACGUGACGGCGCUGCCGCUGCACCUCUGUCUGGAAGUGCCGGCACAGCGCUCGCUGCAGGCGUUGUUGUUCAAGACGGUCAAGACCUGAUGAUCUGCUAAAACCAGCAAACUACCCGUCUAGUCUGAAGUAGUUGUACGGUAGUAUAAUUGGUCGCCGAUAGAUGACCUUUUAUAUAUUAUGGCCACAGACAUUUAAUGAGGUGUAUAUUAUUAUGGCGAUGAAUAUAAAAAAUAUAUUUUGUAGAUAAAUUGAAUUUCAUCUGUGAUAGCUAUUAUUUGAUAAGAAAAAUGGUAAUAAAUGAUUAUAUAAAAACUGA